AUCGAUUACGAUAUCGAAAAGAGUGAAUGAAAUAAAGUUUUUUUUCUAUUCUGUGAAUGUGUUCUGUCAGUAUAACCCAUAAAAAUUCAGAAGUUGCGUUUAUUGCGUAAUAAACCGUUGCACAACUGUAUCUUUAUUUGAUAGGGUUAUCAUUCAUUGAUUUUUGCGCGAAACAUUUCAACGGCUUUUUUUUUGUAAAUAACGGUCGCUGUUGAAUACAAAAGAGUCCUCAGCUGCGCAAGUUUCAUUGUGAAACUAUUAUUCCAUACUGAUUUUUCCGCGCGAAUUAAACUCAUUCCGUGCCUGGCUGACAGAUUUUAUUACAAAGUUUAUAUUUUAUUUAUUAAGUUUUGUUUAAAUUAUGUUUUCAAAAGCUAAAAGAUUUGAUCCACUGGCUAAAAAACAAACCAACGAGGAUAAACCACAAGAAACCGAUGUUCCUAAACCAAAAUCCAAGAUAUCUCCAGACACGGACGUUCCUAAGUCAAAGCCGAAGCUAACACCGGACAUUGAGACCCCUAAACCAAAGACCAAGAUAACUCCUGAUACUGACAUUCCAAAGUCAAAAUCCAAGUUGACACUGGAAACUGAUACCCCUAAACCAAAGAAUAAGAUAACUCCUGAUAUUGACAUUCCUAAACCAAAGACCAAGAUAAGUCCUGAAACUGACAUUCCAAAGUCAAAAUCGAAGUUAACACCGGAGACUGAUACUGCCAAGCCUAAGUCCAAGAUAACACCAGGAACUGGUGACGCUUUGAAACCAAAACCCAAAAUAGGUUCUGAUGUGGAUGUCUCUAAAGUGAAGGCUAAAGUAAAUACGGUCCUUACUGUACCAAAGGCAAAGCUUACUCAUACCAAGAGUAAUGUUGACACACAGUCCCAAUGCAGCUCCGUCAGAAGUGUUCGCUCAUUUGUUACUCCCAAACCUCCCAAAACUACAAGUGUAGCACACAGGUGCCCCAGCAGCUUGAAGAAACCUCUGUACUGCAGCAAGAAUGAAGACAAAAAACCAACCAAAGCUGAUGCAAAAGUUUCUGAUGACAUCAUCAAAUCACAGGAAGUUGAAAUUAGGAAUAAAGACUACACCAUCAAUGAAUACAGCCGUCAGAUAGAAGAACUGAAGAGUGAGAUUGCUAAUUUACAAAAACAAGUGAAACAAAUUAACGAAAAUAAUUCAAGUGAAAUUGAAAAUUUAAAUCUAAAACUGUCAGAAGUUCAGUUAGAUGAAUCAAAGAAUGCCACCAACAAUGUGCUGAACAUUGAGGAAAACUCAAAAUUAAUCAUGAACUUGGAAAAUCAAAAAUCCAUACUGGAAAACCAAUGUAACAAGCUUGAACUUGAGCUAAAUGAAAAACAGGUUGAAUUAGCUUCACAUGUGGAAGUCAUUGGUAUCAGAGACAGCUUGUGCAAAGAUUUACAAGAAAAACUGACUAACAUGGAGACUAUUCUAGAAGAAACCAAACAGCGCCUGGAGAUGGUGAAGGGCCACCACGCCCUGGCGCUGGAGGCCAACGAGAGCAUUCGACGAGAAUACAAGCUAGAACUUGAAACUAUGAAAACCAAGUUGGAAGAUGAGAAACAAGCCAUUAUCAAUAAAUGCAAAUCAGAACAAGAGUCUGUCAGAGCUAAAUACAAUGCUCGAAUUGAAUCCAUGAAGGCCCAACUAACAAAAGAAAAGGAGGAUGCAGUCAAUGAAUUACAACAACAAAUUUCCAACAAAGACAUUGAAAUGAAAGCUAGACUUGAGCAGAUUGAUGAGGCUACACACGAAAAACUUAGGAUUUGCGAAAUUCAAUUUGAAGAACGUUGUAGGUCCAUACAAGAAGACUGGUCCUUGCAAGAAGACAAAAUUCACUAUUUAGAGAAGGAGGCCCGUGACUUGAAAUUCUCACUGAACGUCACUGAAGAAAAGGCAGCCACUUUACAAAAAGAGAUUCAAUCAUUAAAAUCACAGAAGGAAGUCCUGGAAACUGAGAAGUACAACCUGGAGAAGCAAGUGGAAGACCUGAGGGACGAGUCAAAGAAGAAGUUUAUUGACUUUGAGAACCACAUCAACAAGAUGAUGGUGGAGGUGGACAACGCGGUUAAAGAAAAGAUCAAGUACGAGAUGUCUUUGUCGGUGACGCGUGAUAUCGUGGAGGUGUUGACUCUGCGGCUGCGGGAGGCCGACGACGAGCUCGAGCUGCUGGAGGGGAAGCUGCAGACUCUCACCGAGGACAAGGAAGCCCUGCAGGAGGAGCUGCACAACUACCAGGCCACGCUCAACAACACCGCGCUGGAGUGCAACGAGUACAAGGAAGCCCUCGUCAACAUACUCAAGUCCAAAGCCGCUCUCGCCAAAGAACACAAUCGCAUCAUGGAGCACAAUGUCUCCUUGAUCGAGAGCCUUCAGAAUGUGGAGAUUGAGGCGUACCGCGAAUUAGGGUCUAUUAAGGAUGAACUGAUUGAGGAUGUCGAGUUACUGAAGAUGGAGUCUACGACGCAGAUUAAAAUGCUGCGCGAAGAAGUGCAGAAGAAGCGCGCUCUGUGCACGCUGGCGACGGAGCAGGCGGGGCAGGCGGCGGCGGCGGCGGAGCAGUCCCGCGCGCUGCUGGCGCACGCCGCCGCCGAGAUCGCGCGCCUCGAGGCCGACAACCGACGCCUCACGCACCAGAUCCACGACCAACAAUCAUUAGUGGUGGAACUUUCAUUGCUUCGUCAAGAGAAUGAAGAGCUGGCGACGACGGUGGCCAAGCAGACGUCCAUUAUCGACAUGAUGAAGAAAGACAAGGAGCAAAUCAAGCCGAAGUCCCCGUCCGUCAUCAGGAAAACUCAUAAACUAGGGAAAGAGAAUAGUCAAAUCAUUAUAUCUCCCCUUAGGGAACGUAAUCAUUGAUAUUUUUCUUUAUUUAUUAUUUGUAGUACCAUUCGGUACCUAUUUUUGAUUUUAUGGAUCACAUUAACUCGGUUGCAAGUUAAAAAUAUUUAAAUCACAUUAAAAAUACAAAUUGUUACUAGGUAUUUGUUAUAUUAUCAUAUUUCAAUACGAUCGCGUUAGAUUUUGGCAGUGAAAUUGUUAACAUUUUUUAUAUCAUGACUAUUUCUACUAUUUCGUUUUUAAUUUAAAUUAUGCAGUCAUUUAUUGUGGUAUGUUGGCAAACUUAUUUAUAUUUUUGUGUAUGUGUGUAAUAAAUAAAUUAUUCAA